GCCGGGCCCCCGUUGAACGAAGACCUUGUCCAGGCACACCCCUCUCCCUCUCCUCCCUCCGCCCAGUCGGUUUUGUCCUUCCCUCCCUCUGUCUGCCUCCUUGCCUCUCGCCACCCCUCCGCCUCUCCCCUCUCCCUCCCCUUGCCACUCGUCUCCUGUCCGGUUUUUCUCCCCGGUCUCUCCCCCCGUCCUUUUCUCCCUCUCCCUCUCUCCCUCUCUCGUGCGCACGCACACACCCGGGGCUACUGCCACUCGCUGUCCUUCUGCUCCUCCGUCGAAUUGAUGGCCAGCUCACAGGGGCCUUGUCCGCCGGGCGACCCGGCUGUCGGGAUGCUGAACCCGCCGCCGGCCAGGCCAGCCUCCCCCCCGGGCGAGCCCGGGUCCCAGGCCCAGGCCGAGUCUCAAGUCGCGGAGCUGGCCACCGAACUCCUGGUCGACCUCGCUGCCGACCGGCGUCUGGCUUCUCCCAGUGCCGAGGCAAGCCCCCAGUACUUGAAUAUGCUGGCGCGGGCGGCCAUCCGCGCGGCAGAUGCGGCCACCGCGGCCGCCAUGCGCGGUAGCCCCGGUUCCGACAUGCAAUUCCCGGUCCUCAGUCGCCAUGUGCCCGAAACGCCGACGCACCCGGACGAGUAUGGGCCCCCUGACGCGAGUCCCUUUCACAGUGAUGAGGAGGACUUCUUUUCCAUCGGCCGCGGCGUCAGUGCUGGCGGCCAACCUCUUGCGCCAGACCAAAUGCGCCAAGAUGGCUUGCCCCUGGCCGGCCAGAGCACCACUCCUCGAUCGUCCAGCAGCCGCGAUCACUCGACCACCAGCUCGGUGGCCAGACCCCCUGACGAUGCCGGUGGCGCGCUCGAUGGCGCCUCUCCAACGCACGCGGGGACUUCCUUCGAGUCGCCUCUCGGGCCGGAUGCUCCUGCCGGGGCCCUGCGGCCCGGCGAGGGGGCUUCCUUCGGCGAGGAGCAUGAUGACGAGGAUGACCUGAUUCACAUGGAAUACUUCCCCGGGGCCAUGAUCUUCCCCAGCAGUGGGGGCUCCUCACGGGUGGGGUCCCCAUCGACCGACAUCAUCCUCCAGGAGCUGACAGCCUCCAUCACACAGUCGGUCCUGCAGCGAGCCGAGCGUGCUGUGGUUCUCCCGCUGACCGGUCGCCCGACCAAUGUCGGCUACAAGCCAGCCUACGAGUCGACCGCCUUGGUUGAGGUGUCAGCGGGACCGACACGCGCGCACUGGCCUCCGGACGAGCUUUCCGACCGCUGCAUGGCGCCUCUUUGCCAGGUCACAUUUGGCUGGUUCGAGCGUCGUCAUCAUUGUCGCAGAUGCGGGCUGGUUGUUUGCACCGGGCACAUGAGCCCCACCAUGGUCCCGCUGAAUGCCGAGGCCGUGCCCGAUCCGCGCAUCGCCCAUCCCACCCUCUCGGCCGUGUGUGUCAGCUGCCUGGAGAAGCAUCGCAGUCGUGCGGCACGGCUAGCCAGAAUCGAGGCCAUGAACCAGGCGAGCUUCGUGAUGCCGAUUUGCCCGAGCUCCGUCAGCGUCCCGACCGUGCUUUCCGUGCGCAAGUCCCUCUUCCAUUCGCAUGCCCUUUACCAGGACGACCCGACCAAGCAGGAGGUCUACUUGGCGUCCAUCAUUGAGCAUGUGUCCUCGUUGAUUGGCUACUUCGACCAGAUGCAUUCCCUGUGUUUGGAGGCGCGGGACUUCCUCCUGCAAAAGGAAAUCAUGGAAUGCCAGAGCCCGGAUUUCAAGCAAAAAACCUUCCAGCUGUCAGACCACAACCACAUCCUCAGCGUCAUCGCCCACAUGGUUGAUGAGAUCAGCGAUGGUCUUCGCUUUUUCCUGAACGACAUCCACAAGGAGGUCCUGCGAGUUCUGAACUGGGCCACCUCGCCCUUUGUACUGGCCCUUUUGGCUGGCAAAGACCCGGAGCGUAUUUCUGGCAUCCUACCGGAGGACAACCCGGCAGGUGUGGACGCCGAAACCACGGCCCUCGAGCGCGAAGUGCGUCAGUGGUUUGUGGCCCUGUUGGAGCGCAUCCCCCCGGGCCAGCGAGCCGGCCGCCUCGCCCGGAUCCCAUGGUCCCUUUGCCCGGCCGGGCUGCCGCUCCUCUCGUCGGAAUACUUCCACGAGAGCAGCUUCAUGCUGGACCAUAUUGCCUCGACGUCGGCCGAGGCCGGCCCCACGGGCGAUGAUCAUGAUCGACCCCGGUCGGAGCUGCAUCGAGGCUCCUCCUCCUCGAUGCAGCUCUUCCGCCUGUCCGUCACCGGGGAUGACAUGGACCCGCAAUUUUCCGACGAGGACCCCACCUCGCCGAUGGCCCGGAAUGCGGGAUUGCGCCUGUCCACCGAGGAGCCCCCUCCCGGGGGCGGGGUGGACUCGCGUGAGCCCGGCCGUCGGCCCGGCUUCGUCGACACGCCUUUCGCCCGGGGUGUGACCGCGACCGAGCUCCGCGCCAUGCGUUCACCGCUGGCGGACAUCCCGCUGGUGUACCGGCGUGUGGUGGAAGACAUCACCGGGCGCGCGGUGGAUGUGGCCCAGGCGGCGGCAACCGGCCUGGGGCGCGGGUCCACCGGGCUGGCCCAGUCGACCACCGUCCCGGACCAGGCGCUCGCCAAUGCCCCGGCGGCGGCGGCGGCCGCCGCCGCCACACCUUUGGCUGGUGGACUGACGGCCGCGCCUGCAGCCCCGACAAGUGCCCUGUCGCGGGGUCUGGCCGCGGCGGCUGCAGCCGCCGCCGCCGCAGCCGCCGUCACAGCCGCCCCCAGUGCCGGCGCUGCUCCCAGCGCCGUGGGCAAUCUCCCGCUGGGAUCGGGGCCCGGCUCACCGGCGGCCGUCGGGCCGACCGACGCCCUGGGCCUUCGGGCCCCCGCGCGUAUGACCAGCCGCGAGCGCUUCCUCGCCAGCCUGCAGCCGGUAUCCCUUCGGGCGUUGGGCUUCCUCCGAUGGCCAACCUCGUCUGAGGGGUCAACCGCCACCAUGGAUCACAACAACCAGAUCUCCCUACUGGAGGCGCUGCUGCUCCAGCGCUUCCUCCUGCAGUUGACUCACCCGGCCGCACCGUGGAUCAUGCCGCCGCCAGCCUCGCCGCAACUGUCCACCAUGGGCACUGACACUCCGGUGGGGGCGUCCCUUCCCCGGGCAAGUGCUUCCGGCGGGGUGGGCCUCCUGCGCACGAGUAGCUCGUCGGCCCUUUCCGGUUCUCUGUCUUCCGGGAUGUUGGCACCCGCCGCCGGGCCCGGGCGCAUGUCCCUCUCCUCCGGGCUUCCGACUCCCGGAGGUGGCGCCGGGUCGCUGACCGGCACUGGCGGUGGCGGGUCAACCGAAUCCUCCAUCUUCCACCGGUUGUCGACCGUCGGCUCGUCGCCCGCUGCCAUGGACAUCGGCACCCCGGGUGGCCAUUCCUCGGGCCUGGGGAUCGGCGGGUCGGCCGGUGGCACGCUGCCCGUGGGCCUGGACUCACCGCUGAGCGGGUCCUUUGUCCCCUCCUCCCUGACCAUGAGCCCUGGGAGAUUGUUCGGCUUUGGCAAGCCCUCGCGCACCGAGUCCUCCCUGUGUCGCCUGCGCCUGGCCCGGGCCCGAGCCACACACCUCUUCCACGAGCUGCACAUGGCCCGGGCCCCGGUGCUGGAUUCCUUCCUCCUUCGGUUGGGGGUUCUUGUCGAGCGCGUGGACCUGAUUGUGGCCUGUCUGAGUGGGCAAUUCUCCGUCGAGCAGUUUGAGGAGAUUUUCCUCCGCUACGAGCGGGCUCUGGACGAAAUUGCCUCCCUGUGCUUCAGUAUCGGCCGUAACUACCUGCCACAGGCAUCUAUCACGGCCCUGCGCGGGCGCUUGACCGACAUCAAGGCCUGCGUGUCCAAGAUGGCUUCGACCCUGCGGACCUGCUACAUCCUGAUGUGCAUCGAUCCGGAGCAGUUGGCCGAUUGGUCGGCCACCGGGGGCCCGGUUGCCGGUGGUGCGUCGCUUGAUGCGCCGCUCGGCUCGUCGGCCGGACUGCACCAGGAUAUGCCGGCUUGCUCGUUGGCCCGUAGCAGCGGGCUGGGGUCCUUGAAUGGGUCGAUGUCGGCGACCGCGCGCCGGCCGGCGCUCACGGUCCAGGUGGGCAGCAUGUCUGGCAGUGUCACGGCCGGGUCCAGCGUGGCGCGUCCGCCGCCGGCCGGGUCGCGGUCGCUGAUUUCACGGCUCUUCCUCGAUCCCUCCUCGCCGGUCAACAGCCCGGACAUGCCGCAGUCGUCAUCCUACCGCAGCCAGCGAAGCAUCGCCUUUUCGGUGUCCUCGGCAACCGGGACCUCGGCCGAGCUUGGUCCCUUUGCCGAGGUGUUCGGCUGCUUUGGCUGGGUGGCCUGCCUGGAUGCGCGCAUCGGGGCCAUCGAGCAUGUCUUGACCCAUGGGUCGACCGCCGCGGCGGAUCUUUCACAUCUGGGCGAGCUGAGCGCCGGAAGUCUGUGCACGUCGCGGAGUUUGCCCAAUCUGCAGGCGGUCCUGCCGCUGGCCGCGGAGGAAUCCCCCUCUGAGGAGGGCCCCGGCACGCCGAGCAGCCUGCUGCCCCUGGCCCCGAGUGGGGCGCCGGCCCGGUGGGAGUUACGGACGGCCGCUUCGUCCUGGCGAGGUGGUUGCUCGGAUCGUUGCCGCCGGGGCCCCUCCUCCUGUCGGGAGUGGCCGCCUCAGCAGCAGCAGCAGCACGUUCCUCACCAUCGCACGCGUACCAUCCACCACUUGGAUGGGCAUGCGGCGUCGCCGGCUGGCCCCACACCUGUGGGGUUGGGGGGUGGCCGUGCCGCCGGUUCCGCCAUCGGCGGCUACCAGCCGCUGCAGCACCUCACGCAUCUUCAAAGCCGGCGCCGAUUCUCGGUUCGCGAGUCGCCCGCUUCCGGGAUGCAUACCCCGGCCCGAGAGCCCGGGUCCGACCCGGGCACCCGGCCGCGCUCUUUGUCCAACCCGGUGCACUGAUAGGUGCCGUUGGGUGUGGGCGUGGGCCGAAGGCGGCCGCGGGCCACUCCCCGAAGGAUCCCUUUCCCUUGGUGCCCAUCAUCGCCCGGGUGCGCAAUACAGGCGAGCAGGAUCGCACAUGCGUAUGCACACAUACACAUGCGCACGCGCACGCGCGUGAAAG